AUGGAGAACGAAGCGCCAGAAGUUGUUCAAGGCGAAAUACCUCAAGUACAACCAGCACAAUUAGCUAUGCUUCAUCAAAUAUUACCGCCACAGCCUCUAGACUUGAGAAAUAGUGGUGAAAUCGGCGAAAAUUGGAAACUAUGGAAAGAGAAAUACAGCAACUACUUCGUUAUCUCGAGACUACAACAAGAAAGCGAACAAUAUCAGUUAGCGAUGUUUAAACAUGCAAUUGGGGACGAUGGCUUAAAGGUCAUUAAAACAUUCAGUUACGCAACAGAAGAGAAUGUUAAUGACUGGCGUGUGGUCAUGAGCAAAUUAGAAAAGCAUUGAAUUGGGGAUAGAGAUAUACGAAAGAUACUGGUUUAAUAUAUAGACGCGAUAAACUUCCAACUGAAUCCGUGGACAAUUUCGUCGCUGAGUUGAAAACCUUGGCAAUGACCUGCAAUUUCUGUGAGUGCCUUCGCAAUAGUUUAAUUCGUGAUCGUAUUGUCCUGGGAAUUAAGAAUGAACAAACAACGAAGAAGCUACUAAGAACAAGAGACCUCACCUUAAACAAAUGCAUAGACAUAUGUCGAAGCGAGGAAGUUACGGACAUGCAGAUGAAGUCUCUUGCAGAGCCCGAAGAUAUCAAUCAAAUCCACCAGUCGAAAGCAAAGAUUAAGCCGAGAAUUUCCGAAGGAAAGAAAGGGUUACAAUCUGGCAAGAAAGUUUCAUGUCAAUUUUGUGGCUACGAACACGCGCAAGACAAAAAGAAAUGCCCGGAAUGGGGAAAAACUUGUAAUCGAUGCAAAGAAAGAAACCAUUUUGCUAAGAAAUGCAAGAAAACCUCAGUUUACACUUUACAGUAUCGAGAGCGAAGACGAGUACGAGGAAAUCAGCAUGGUCAAAGUCCAAGAAGUGCGAGAAAAGGCUGUGUUCGCGAAAAUACACAUCAAUAACAAAGCUAUAAAGUUUCAGAUCGACUGUGGUGCAAGUGUUAAUGUAUUACCGCUCAUGUUUGCCAAAGACGUCGAGCUUACUCCGUGUACCAAUACACUCGUGAUGUGGAAUGGCACAAAGGUCAAACCCUUGGGAUCCUGUAUCCUACCGGUGAUUAACCCAAAGAAAGACGUAAAGUAUCAAGUGAAAUUUCUUGUCGUUGAAGAGAAUUGGACACCGUUAUUGGGUUUGAAUGCGGUAGAAAAGAUGAAAUUGCUAACAGUUCACAGCGAAAACUUUGUCAAUGUCGUGGAGAAAUGUGACAAUGAUCCUGUAAACAAGUAUCCAGAUGUUUUUGAUGAAAAUCUUGGAACACUGCCCGGCAAGGUUCAUCUGCAAGUAGAUGCCACUUGCAAACCUGUGGUGUUACCCGCGAGGAAAAUACCCGUGACUGUUAAAGAAAAGUUCAAGAAUGAACUAAAAAGAUUAGAAGACUUAAAAGUCAGAUCAUAG